AUUGAAAGUGGAAUCUGUACGAAGCCGUAUGCAUUAAGCCGUAUCACAGUGACAAUGAAUACACGUGGACUCCGAUCACAGCUAAAGGACAGUGUACCAGUGACUGGCUUGGGUACACAAAUAGGGGCGUAUGGCGUUCAGGACACACUCAGGAGCGGGUUCAGCAGUGUAAAAAAUGAACUGCUACCCAGUCAUGCCUUGGAGCUUUCAGAGAAGAACUUUCAGCUGAACCAAGACAAGAUGAACUUCUCUACCCUUAGAAACAUCCAGGGUCUCCACGCUCCCCUGAAACUACAGAUGGAAUACAGGGCAGCUAGACAGAUUCAGCGCUUGCCAUUCCUGCAGAGCUCACACCUGGCCUUGGAUACUCUCAAAGGGAAUGAUGAGAGCAUCAGCUUUGAGGAUAUCCUCAAUGAUCCAGCCCAGAGUGAGAUGAUGGGUGAGCCUCAUAUCAUGGUGGAGUAUAAACUGGGCCUGAUGUGAGAACCUUCAGACCCCAGAACAUUUGUUUUCUCCUCUGUGUGAUAAUGCAUCUGCUUUAGGUGGUAACUCACUUCCUCAUAUAUGAGGUAGCACUCAAGACUUUUGUAUCGUGUGAUUCCUUUGUUUCUAAUAAAUCCUAUGACUC